ACUUAAUAUCAAAUCAGCGUUCUUGUUUCUUCUGCAGCCAGUCUGGAGGGCAUUCGAAUGAACUGGGAGGAACAAACAUCACUAACGCUGAGCCCGAGCACCUCUCUCAGCUCCAUCAUCCGCACACCCAAAUGCUACCACAUCUCCUCUGUCAAUGAGAACGCUGCAAAGCGUCUGUGUCGCCGCUACUCCCAGAAACUCAUCCAGCACACCAGCUGCCAGCUGCUCCGCACGUACCCUGCAGCCACACGCAUCGACUCCGCCAACCCCAAUCCUCUCAUCUUCUGGCUGCACGGAAUCCAGCUGGUCGCCCUCAACUAUCAGACCGACGACCUGCCCAUGCAGCUGAACGCAGCUCUGUUCGAGGCUAAUGGUCACUGUGGUUAUGUGCUGAAGCCUCCGGUCCUGUGGGAGCGAAGCUGCCCUCUCUAUCAGCAAUUUUACCCUCUGGAUCGAGACCUGGAGAACAUGACCCCCACGCUUUACACUCUCACUAUUUUAUCAGGACAAAACGUGUGUCCAGGGAACUCAAGCGGCAGUCCCUGUGUGGAAGUGGAGGUGUUGGGCAUGGCGGCAGACAGCUGCCAUUUCCGCACCAAGCCCAUUCACCGCAACACACUCAAUCCCAUGUGGAACGAGCACUUCCAGUUCCACGUGCACUUUGAGGAUAUGGCAUUUCUGCGCAUCGCUGUCGUGGAGAACAACAGCUCACAGGUCACUGCUCAGCGGAUACUGCCCCUCAAAACCCUCAAACCAGGCUACAGACACCUGCAGCUGAGGAACCUGCACAACGAUUCUCUGGAGAUCUCUAGUCUGUUCAUCUUCAGCCGCAGGAUGGAGGAGAGCCCCACCGGAGGACCACUGCCUGCGUCUGUGCUGUUCAGCACGGAGGAAAGACGCGCCGCCCAGCAGCACAAAGUGACAGUGCAUGGAGUUCCAGGCCCCGAACCCUUCACCGUAAUCUGCGUUAAUGAAUACACCACGACCAAGCAGCUCCUGGACUCUUUGUUUCCGACUACCUCCUUCGACUACUUCCUGAUGGAGGAGAAAAUGCCUCUGUGCAAGGAGAAGAGCGAGUCGAAGAAAGCGCCUCAGCAGCGCCCCCUAACGAAUGACGAGCGGCUCCUGAGAGUUACUCACAGCUGGCAGCCGGAGGAAGGAUAUGUGGGCAGAAUGUACCUGAAAACCAAGGAAGAGCAGAACAUCAGUGAGAAGAACACAGUGAUGGAGGGGGUGGAGGAGGUGAGCAGCGGAGAGGACGACACGUUCCUCGUGCAGGUUCAUGAUGUUUCUCCUGAGCAGCCUCACACGGUCAUCAAAGCCCCGCGUUACAGCACCGCCCAGGACAUCAUCCAGCAGACUCUGAGCAAAGCCAAGUACUCUCUGAGCAUCCUGAGCAACCCUAACCCAUGUGACUACGUCCUGAUGGAGGAGGUCACUAAAGACGCAGCUGGAAAGAAAUCCUCCUCGGCUAAACCGUGCCAGCGUGUGCUGCAGGACCACGAGUGUGUGUUCCAGGCUCAGAGCCGCUGGAAGGGAGCUGGGAAGUUCAUCCUCAAGCUCAAGGAGCAGGUAAACACUUAUUCAUGUGAGAUCUGA